GUCUAGUGUAAUCGCUGUCGGUCUCUGUUCGACGGAUUGUCGAGUUGGAGAUUAAUGUGUCGUUUUGGUUUGAUUAACUUUUUGACGCUGUCUGCCAAUAAAUUUCAAGGCGAAGGUCAGCGUUUGCAAACAGUAGCACAGCGUACUUAACUCGAAACCCGAAGCUCUGAAGCUCCAGACCCGUCCGCACACUCGAGCGAUCCAGAACCUGCGAGACGUAAAUUCCGUAACUUCCGCAAUGCUGACAACAGAACGCCGCUGUUCAUACAGCAAGACGCUGCUGCUCCUGUGGUUGAUCUUCAACAUGGUUUUCCUUAUCGAGGGUCGUCAAUCCGGAUCCGGAAGAAAGGGCCCCCCAAAGAGAGGCCCCGUGUUCAUCGUGUCAGGUAUCCACGGCAGAACAAAUGCCAUUAACGCACUCAAGAAGGCCGGAGUCACAGAUCCGGAAAAAUCUCUCCUGUAUGCUUACUGUAAAUGGGGUUGUUCAAGUGCAUAGAAGUGGGGUAGCGGGCGGGAACUGACCGCUGCGCUACACUUUUGAAUUUGACCGGAGCUACUGAAAAGCAUUGAACAAAAUCACGCUUCCACACAAUUAUUUCAAAAAUAUUGAGCGUCAUACAACUUUCUACAGACAAUUGUGCUUCAAUCUAUAAAUAUAUUUUACUUUCAGACAUCGUUGGCAUAAUAAAGACUUAUUCAGUAGUUA